UUCUCUCUCUCCUCUCCCUCUUCCGCGAGGAAAGCAAAGCACUUUUUCUCUCUCUUGAAGCUGUUUCAGCCAUUUUCGGAGAGUUUUCUGUGGCUUUCUUCACAAUCUUCGUGUGGAAGACGACCUAUACAUACAUGCAUACAUAUAUGUAUCUACAGAUGUAUGCAUAGGAGUGCUGGAGAUAUCGAGAGGGAGAGUGCGUGUGGGUCUCUUAUGUUUAGCGGCGAGUUUAAGCUUCUUCAGACCCUACGCUCCAUGAAUCGGAUUGGGUUCUAAUAGAAACCCUAAUCAGGCUUCAACUGUGAUGACUCUCGCUACUGGUGGAUGGCUCGAUUUGACUUCUUCUUCCUCGCCUUCUUUGUAGUUAUUACGGCGUUUGCUGUAAACCCUAGCUUGUGCUCAGGUCAUGGAUUUUCGUUAGUGGUGUCGGAUUCGAAACUGGGUUUGGAUUCGGAUUUGGACCCGGAUUCGGAAUCGUUCCUUUUCCACCAGGAUUACUCGCCGCCAGCUCCGCCUCCACCACCCCCGCACGGACCCUCGGUGUCUUGCGCCGAUGAUCUCGGCGGGGUGGGGUUUUUGGACACGACUUGUAAGAUUGUCGCCGAUUUGAACCUCACGCGCGAUGUAUACAUUGCUGGGAAGGGCAAUUUUAUCAUCCUCCCCGGUGUUAGGUUCCACUGCCCAAUACCAGGUUGCUCCGUAGCUAUCAAUGUUUCUGGAAACUUCUCUUUGGGGGCCAAGUCUUCGAUUAUCGCUGGAACUUUGGAACUCACAGCUGGUAACGCUAGCUUUGCGAAUGGGUCGGCUGUGAACACGACGGGUUUGGCCGGAGACCCGCCGCCAGGGAUCGAUGGAUGUGGUGGGGGUCAGGGCGGCAGGGGAGCUUGCUGUUUGACCGACAAUAAGAAGCUUCCCGAGGAUGUCUGGGGAGGUGAUGCGUACUCGUGGUCGACUCUUCAGCGGCCGUGGAGCUAUGGGAGCAAAGGUGGAUCGACGAGCAGGGAGAUUGAUUACGGUGGUGGGGGAGGCGGGCGAGUGAAGAUGGAUAUUAUGCAGUUUCUGGAGGUUAAUGGCAGCAUUUUGGCCGACGGAGCUGAUGGAGGAGCCAAAGGAGGUGGUGGGUCUGGAGGAAGUAUCUUCAUCACGGCAUACAAGAUGACUGGAAUUGGACGGAUCAGUGCUUGUGGUGGAAAUGGUUAUGGUGGUGGGGGCGGUGGAAGGGUAUCCGUUGACAUUUUCAGCAGGCAUGAUGACCCAAAGAUCUUUGUGCAUGGUGGAUACAGUAUUGGUUGCCCAGAUAACGCAGGUGCUGCUGGGACGCUAUACGAUGCUGUUCCCCGUAGCCUUUUUGUUAGCAAUUACAAUAUGUCGACAGAUACUUAUACUCUUCUCUUAGAGUUUCCUUUCCAACCUCUUUGGACCAACGUUUAUAUUCAGGAUCGUGCAAGAGCUACUUGUCCUCUGCUUUGGAGUCGUGUCCAGGUCCAAGGUCAGAUUAGUUUGUUAUGUGGUGGCGUUUUAAGCUUUGGACUAGCGCAUUAUGCUACAUCAGUGUUUGAACUGUUGGCUGAAGAACUCUUAAUGAGUGACUCCACUAUCAAGGUUUAUGGAGCAUUACGCAUGACUGUCAAGAUGUUCUUGAUGUGGAAUUCACAGUUGCAUAUAGAUGGAGGAGGAGAUACAACUGUAGCCACUUCCAUGCUUGAGGCUAGCAAUUUAUUUGUUCUCAGGGGAUCAUCUGUUAUCCGGUCAAAUGCAAAUCUUGGAGUUCAUGGCCAAGGUUUCUUAAAUCUAACUGGACCAGGGGAUUCAAUUGAAGCACAAAGGCUUGUGUUGUCUCUGUUUUACAGAAUUUAUGUUGGGCCGGGUUCUAUUUUGCGUGGUCCUCUACAGAAUGUGUCAAAAGAUGCCGUUACUCCAAAGCUCUACUGUGAACAACAAGAUUGUCCUUAUGAACUAUUAAACCCACCGGAGGAUUGCAACGUCAAUUCAUCUCUGUCCUUCACUCUCCAGAUAUGUCGUGUUGAAGAUAUUCUUGUUGAAGGCUUCAUCAAAGGAUCAGUAGUUCAUUUUCACCGUGCAAAAACAGUAACCCUUCAAUCCUCCGGAGAAAUAAGUGCUAGUGGAAUGGGGUGUAGAGGUGGGGUGGGUGAAGGUAAAUUUCUUAGUAAUGGGAUUGGCAGUGGUGGUGGGCAUGGUGGUAAAGGUGGGCGUGUAUGUUAUAAUGGUAGCUGUGUAGACGGUGGCAUUAUGUAUGGAAAUGCAGAUCUGCCAUGUGAACUUGGCAGUGGAAGUGGCAAUUAUAGAUCAGAUUAUUCUGCUGCUGGUGGUGGAAUCAUAGUAAUUGGUUCGAUGGAGCAGCCACUAUCUGGUUUAUCCCUUGAUGGCUCAAUUAGGGCUGAUGGAGAAAGUGUCAGGCAUAUGGUAAGAGAUGAAAAUGGUUCUAGCAUAGGACCUGGUGGUGGUUCUGGUGGAACAGUCCUUUUGUUCUUGCAUUACCUUGCUCUAGGAGAGUCAUCUGUUCUGUCAAGUGGUGGUGGUUCUGGUAGUCCAGUUGGUGGUGGAGGAGGAGGAGGUGGGAGGAUUCAUUUUCACUGGUCAAACAUUCCCACCGGGGACAUAUACCAGCCUAUUGCUAGCGUAAAAGGAAUGAUCCAUACAAGGGGAGGACUGGGGGGAGAUGAGGGUUACGCCGGAGGAAAUGGCACAGUGACAGGAAAAGCUUGCCCAGAUGGACUCUAUGGUAUUUUCUGUGAGGAAUGCCCAUCUGGUACAUACAAGAAUGUCACGGGAUCUGAUGCGUCUCUUUGUCAUCCCUGCCCUGUUGAUGCUCUCCCAAGUCGUGCUGUUUAUAUUCCUGUCCGAGGUGGUGUUGCUGUGACACCAUGUCCAUAUCGAUGCAUUUCCGACAGGUAUCACAUGCCACACUGUUACACAGCGCUGGAGGAGCUAAUUUAUACGUUUGGCGGGCCUUGGUUGUUUGGCCUUCUUCUGAUGGGGCUCCUCAUCCUAUUAGCACUCGUACUUAGUGUUGCCCGGAUGAAAUUUGUUGGAGUUGAUGAUUUACCUGGUCCAGCUCCAACACACCAUGGCUCUCAAAUAGAUCAUUCCUUCCCGUUCCUCGAAUCGUUAAAUGAGGUGUUGGAAACAAAUAGAGCUGAGCAGUCCCAGAGUCAUGUGCAUAGAAUGUACUUCAUGGGCCCUAAUACAUUUAGUGAGCCCUGGCACUUGUCCCAUACCCCUCCAGAACAGAUAAAAGAGAUAGUAUAUGAGGCUGCAUUUAACACAUUUGUCGACGAGAUAAAUGCUAUAGCUGCAUAUCAGUGGUGGGAGGGUGCAAUUUAUAGUAUUCUUUCAGUUCUUGCCUAUCCGCUUGCAUGGUCGUGGCAGCAAUGGCGACGGAGAUUGAAGUUGCAGAGAUUGCGUGAGUUUGUACGUUCCGAAUAUGACCAUUCCUGUCUACGUUCCUGUCGCUCGCGUGCCUUGUACGAGGGCCUUAAGGUUGCUGCCAGCUCUGAUUUAAUGCUUGCAUAUCUGGACAUCUUCCUUGGCGGAGAUGAAAAGAGGACCGACCUUCCUCCUCGUCUCCAUCAAAGAUUUCCAAUGCCUAUAAUUUUCGGAGGUGAUGGAAGUUACAUGGCUCCUUUCUCACUACAAAAUGACAACAUCCUUACCAGUCUCAUGAGUCAGAUGGUUCCACCCACCACUUGGUACAGACUGGUGGCUGGUUUGAAUGCUCAAUUGCGUAUUGUACAUCGUGGGCGUCUGAAAGCGACUUUUCACCCUGUUUUGAGAUGGUUAGAGACUCAUGCUAAACCUGCUUUGGGAACACAUGGCAUCUGCGUUGAUCUGGCCUGGUUCCAGACUACAGCUUGUGGUUAUUGUCAAUAUGGACUUCUGGUCCAUGUUGCUGAUGAGAAUGAAUCAUCAUCACCUCAACAUGUUGGCGGAACAGGAUGGGCUGAUAUAGAUCCACGUUACAGUUUGACGAGUAUGUAUAAAGAAAAUUCUCCAGCACAUUUAAGAGAGAGUAUGCUAAACCAGCCCCACAGAGGCACCGAUGGUUAUACAAUGCGCAGAAGGAAUUAUGGAGGGAUUAUAGAACUUCAUAGCUUACCGAGUCUCAAAGAGAAGAGAGAUAUAUUUUUCCUUCUCUCUUUCUUAGUCCAUAACACUAAACCUGUUGGCCAUCAGGACUUGGUCGGCUUAGUUAUCUCAAUGUUACUUCUAGGAGAUUUUAGUCUAGUCUUGCUCACACUGCUCCAGCUGUAUUCAAUAUCAUUGCUGGAUGUCUUUUUGGCGUUAUUUAUAUUACCUCUCGGCUUACUUCUGCCAUUCCCUGCUGGGAUCAAUGCCUUAUUUAGUCAUGGACCCAGACGCUCUGCUGGUCUUGCCCGUGUCUAUGCAUUGUGGAACUUUACGUCCUUAGUCAAUGUGUUUGUUGCUUUUCUCUGCGGAUACGUUCACUAUAACAGCGAGUCAUCGGCGAGCAAAAAGAUCCCGUUUCAGCCGUGGAAUAUAAACAUAAUAUCUGGUGUCAGGGGUGAGAGCGAAUGGUGGAUAUUUCCGGCAGGACUGGUGGUUUGCAAGACAUUGCAGUCGCAGCUCGUAAAUCGGCACGUAGCGAACCUCGAGAUACAGGACCGCUCCUUGUAUAGUAACGAUUUCGAGCUCUUUUGGCAGUCUUGAUCCUCUCUCUCUCUCUCUCACAUUCUCAGGUACUUUCCCACUUGUACUAUUCAACGGCUCUUUCCAUCCAUCCAUCCAUAUUGGUUGGUUUA